AAUAUCGGGAGCGCGAUAAGGAUGAAUGGAAAGUUGGAGAGAAUGCUCAGGGUGGGCAUAAGAAAAGAGGUUGAAGAGGAAGGUCGGUGGAGGAGGUUAGGACAUAAUGCAAUUCAACUUGAAGAGAAGGAGAAGAGAGAAAAGGAAUUGUUGAAGCAAAUUAUUGAGGAAGCUAAUCAAUACAAAGAAGAGUUCCAUAAGAAGAUUGAAGUAACUUGUCAAAACAACAAAGCAGCUAACAGGGAGAAGGAAAAGCUGUAUCUGGAGAACCAAGAGAAGUUCUACGCGGAAUCUAGCAAGAAUUACUGGAAGGCAAUAGCAGAGCUAGUUCCUAAAGAGGUUCCAACAAUUGAGAAAAGAAGAGGAAAGAAAGAGCAACAAGACCCUAAGAAGCCAACUGUCUCUGUGAUUCAAGGUCCAAAGCCCGGUAAGCCAACCGAUCUAACAAGAAUGAGACAAAUAUUGGUGAAGCUUAAACACAACCCACCUUCUCACCUGAAACUCACUUCUCAACCUCCAUCGGAGGAGGCGGCUGCUCCUGCUCCUCCAAAGAGUGUUCCUGAAACCAACCCCACUGAGGCGGUUACUGCUGCUUAAAAACCUCUUUGGUUUUCUUAUUCAUUGCUUACAUCUUGUGUGAAACCUCGGCCUAGCGGAAACAGAGACAGGAACAACCAAGAUGCCACACCACCUGGGGAAGAACAGUCUCAGCCUCCGACUCAGUCUAUAGGUAAUGGAGGUGACGACUUUAAGACUCAG